AUGGAAUCAAAGAAUUACACACAAACUGCAGAAUUUGUUCUUUUGGGAUUUUCAGAAGAUCCAGAAUUGCAUCCUUUGCUGUUUGGAUUUUUCCUGUCCAUGUACCUGGCCACUGUGUUAGGGAACCUGCUCAUCAUCCUGGCCACAGUGUCAGACUCCCGCCUGCACACACCCAUGUACUUCUUCCUGUCCAACCUGUCCUUUGUGGACAUCAGUUUCACCUCCACUACAGUGCCAAAGAUGCUGGUGAACAUCCAGACUCAGAGCAAAGUAAUAACUUAUGAAGGCUGCAUCACUCAAGUGUAUUUUUUUGUACUACUUGUAAUGUUGGACAUCUUUCUGUUGACGGUGAUGUCCUAUGACCAUUAUGUGGCCAUCUGCCACCCUCUGCAUUACACAGCCAUCAUGAACUCACAGCUCUGUGUGCUGCUGGUUCUAGCAUGCUGGAUGCUGAGUGUCCUAAAUGCUCUGUUACACAGCUUAAUGGUGUUGCGACUGUCCUUCUGCUCUGAUUUGGAAAUCCCACAUUUUUUUUGUGAACAAAUAGUGCACCGUGCCUGUUCUGACACCUUUCCUAAUGAUGUGGUGACAUAUUUUGCCACAGUGCUACUGGGUGGUGGUCCCCUUGCUGGCAUCCUUCACUCUUAUUUUAAGAUAAUUUCCUCCAUAUUGGCAAUCUCAUCAGCUCAGGGGAGGUACAAAGCGUUUUCUACCUGCACAUCUCACCUUUCAGUGGUCUCUUUAUUCUAUGGCACAAGCCUAGGUGUGUACCUGAGUUCUGCUGUCACUCAAAACUCAUAUGCAACUGAAACAGCUUCAGUGAUGUACAGUGUGGUCACACCCAUGCUGAACCCCUUCAUCUACAGUCUGAGGAAUAGAGACAUCAAGAGUGCUCUGAAAAUAUUUGUGAAAAAAGAAAUU